AUGGCCACCCACGCCAGUGAUCCGGCGAAGGACUCGGAGUCCAGAGUCGCCGAAAUCAUUGCGAUUCUGACGGUGGCAAGCGUGUUAUCGACUUUGACCGUUGGCCUCCGCUGCUAUUGCCGGGCCUUCAUGCUCCGAAGCUUUGGGUGGGACGAUGGGGUGCUCCUCCCGGCGCAGGUCUUGACAUUAGGCUCAGCCCUGGCCAUUGGCCUCGAAACAAAAUAUGGCCUCGGUCGACACUACUGGGUGAUGCCCGAUGAGGAUCAUAUCCCCUAUAUGAAGUCGUUUUACAGUUCAAUCAUCAUUUACAAUGUUGCUGUCUGCAUGACCAAAAUCUCCAUCCUCCUCCAGUACCGACGCAUAUUCAACAACACGAUGCUUCACAAAAUCAUCCUCUUCGGCCUUGGCUUCCUCAUAUGCUGGGGCAUUACGCUCUGCUUCCUUCUGCCCCUGGUCUGCGUGCCGACAGCCGCCUUUUGGGACAAGAGUGUUGAUGGGCACUGCCUUGACAACCAAACCAUCUGGUACAUCAUGGCCGGUGUCAACGUGGUCACGGAUUUCGCCCUGUUCACCAUGCCAAUCCCGGUCAUCAGCUCGCUGCAUCUGCCGAAACGACAAAAGGCUCUGCUGUUGAUCGUCUUUACCCUGGGUAUUUUCCCCUGCGCCGUGUCCAUCUACCGUAUCCGGACCCUCCACGCAGCCGCGAGCUCCGAAGAUCCCACCUGGGAAAACAUUGACGCAGCCACCUUCUCCUUCCUCGAGCUCACCGUGGGCGUCAUUGCCAUCUGCCUCCCAACGCUACGCCCCGUCCUCAUGGCCGCCAUGCCGCGCAUCUUCGGGUCCAUCCUGCGCUCAGCCAGCGGGGGGCACGCGGGCUACAACAACCACAACGGACCCUAUGGCGCUGGCACGGGCGGUCGAGGAGGAACAACCGGCGGACAAGGGGGGACGGUGCUCACCGGCCGCGGGACCAUCACUGGCACCACCACCAAAGGAGGAGGCUCACUGGCAGGCUCGGGCGGCGGCGGGACGCUGACGCGCAAAAAGAGCCUGCUGCACCGUGACGGGUCGUCGGAUAGCACCGAGGGCCUGCAUCUGCCGCCCUACCGCCCUCGCAGUGGCACGCCUUCCAUCGGCCGCGGCGAUGAACAGUUGUCGGAUAUUGAGUUUGGGGAUUUGGAGAGCGCUAGCGGUGGCCUCAGCCAAGAGCAUGACCAUCCCAUCCACCACGGGCAUGGCAGGGGCAAGUACAGCGUGAGUGUUGUUGCGGAUGGGGGUGGGUGGGAGCGUGAUCGGGUGGAGAAACAGCGGCAGCGGCAGCAAAAUCAGGAGAACGACCAGCAGGGGAUCAAGACGACGAUCACUGUGUCGCAAAAGGUUACGUUUGCUAAGGAUGAGGUGGGGGAUCAGGGUGGUGGUGGUGGUGGCAAGAGUUGA